AUGGAAAAUGGUUUCAAUGGCCAGUGUUCUUCGCAAAAGGUCACGUCUCCCAGUGCUUUGGUCAUUUCGGUUGAUAUGGAUAACAAUAUCAGCAAAGGACCAGUAUCUGUAAAGCAAGACGUGAAGCAUAGCAUGAAUGUUACUCCGGAUGCAGUAGACGGUAAUAAUUUCAGAAGUAGACUAGCUUCUACAGUCAGUCCAAAGAUUCUGCGCAAGUCCAUUAGUUUCCAUGGAACGCGAUCUGCCUGUGAUGCUGUGGACUAUGUCCCUCAGAACGAAUUUAUCACAUUUUCUGAACAAAGGGUUGUUUUGAAAGCAUUGAGAUCUCAAAGUCUGCAACAUAAUCAUAUUCAUUUGGAACUCAACAAGACUAAGAAAUCUUCAGUGUGUCCUGUCGGUAGUCCACGAAUGACGAGAUCUACUAGUACCGUCCAAAAUAUUCCUCAAAACCAUGAUUUGGCUUUCAGUCGUCAUGAGUCAACUCCUAACCUUUCUCAAUCUAAACCCACCAAAGUUAGGUUCGCCGUACCGAUAGUGACAAAUUCAAGCCGGUUCUAUUGCCGCAGAAAUGCUCUUUGUGAUCCAGAAAAAAUGAUUAUGCCUCAAGACACCCGAGAAAAGAUACAAGAUGAAGCUGCAAGAAGAAAAUCUUCUAUGACUCGAAAAAUUUCAAACUUUUUUGUGACUCGCCUUGGGAUAGAAGGAGACGAAGAUUUAUUGUGA